AUGUUUAGCUCUGAAAAUAGAGUGUUGGAUAAAAGCCAGAAGGUCGUGCUGCGUGGAGGUCAGGAGAUCCGUGCGGCGGCGGAGCAACGAAAGCCGCACUGCAAAUUACCUUAUCUCCGCGCACAUGCAGUAAAGGCGGCCAUGAAGACAGCUCUUUCUGCCGAGUCAGCUCAGAGUAGUCAGCCGAUCCAGCGUGCACUGAAACCCGGAGGCAAAGUCCUUAUAACGAUGUAUGGUGUUGGCCACGGAACUCUCAGCGAGCACUUCAAACAAUACGUCUCACAGAGGCAAUAUUACCUAAGAAAUCUGCAACAAAUUGAGGAGAUCGCGAAAAAAACCGGCUUCACCGACAUUGAAACCGAGAACAUGACGCCAAGAUUCAAAGAGAUUCUAUUGGAGGAAAGACAACGGGUCGAACAAAACAAGGACGAGUUCCUCGAGAAAUUUUCGCAGAAAGAGUACGACUCUUUGGUGAACGGCUGGAAUUCAAAACUGCAAUACAUCGCCGACGAUAAUCACAACUGGAACUUCUUCGCUGCAGUCAAGCCUCAUUAA